CUCUGAGUGUUUGCGUGGGCCCCCCAGUGACACCUCGCAAAGGAGUCUGCUCAGGACAGUGGCUCUCUGAGCAGCCAGCAUGACUACUAUCAUUAUAGUCCUGGCAGCAGUGAUUGCCCUGAUCAUUGGUUUUGGUGUCUCAGGGAAACGCUCCAUCAGUGUCACCACAUUGCCAUCCCCUGGGAACAUCGGCCAGAACAGCGUUUUAGGCUGCACCUUUGAGCCCGACAUCGAGCUCGGCAGCACAGCGAUUCGAUGGGCAAAGGCUGGACUGGCAGGGCUGGUGCAUGAGUUUAGAGGCGGGGAGGACCACCUGCAGGAGCAGGAUGCGUCGUUCCAGGGCCGUACGGCGGUGUUUGCGGACCAGGUGGCUGGAGGAAACGCGUCCCUGCUGCUGCGAGGUGUGCGGCUCAAUGACGCUGGCGCCUAUCGCUGUGCCGUCACCACAGCCAGGGGCAGUGGCGCAGCUGUGCUGCAGUACAGGACUGGAGCCUUCAGCACCCCUGAGGUCCGUGUGGAGAAGAGCAGCAGUGGGGACGCUCUGCAGUGUGAAGCACCACGCUGGUUCCCUCGCCCCGCAGUGCGCUGGACAGCUGACAGUGAUGCAGGAAAGAACCUACCCCAGGUUGCUAACACCAGCUAUGAGCUGAACUCUGAAAACAUCACCCUGAAGGUGGUCUCCUUUUUGCACAACAUCACAGCUAACACCACCUACACCUGCGUGAUUGAAAACAACAUUGCCAAGGCGACAGGUGACAUCAAAGUGACAGAUUUCAACAUUACAAGGGGGACCAGCUUGCAGCUGGUGAAUCUGGACAUAGCAUCAGCGUCCUCCUCCCUUCCCACCUGUCACUGGAUGCUUCUACUUCCUCUGUAUCAGCUGUCUAUAUAAAGCCUCUGUAAAGCUGUCAGAAACCCUGCUGGACCAGGAAAGAGAAGGCAGUAGGGGGAAUUGGUAUAAGACCUGUGGAGUCUCAUGCUGAGUUUUGUUACAGCAGCAGGCUUAUCUCAAGCCUGCUAGGAUGGGAAGAGAUGCCUUUCCCUUGUCCCUACCCUUUCCUCAACCCCAGUUUGAGGUGGGACCACUAGCUUGUCCCUAUGACAAGCUCCUUGCUAGCUUCUCCCAUCACCUUCUGUAACUUCAGAAAUGUUUUCUUAUACUCUCUGCUUCUGUCUCUUAGUUUUCCCCUCAUUCUCAUUUCCUUCCCUGCUCAGCCUUCUCGCUGAUCCUAAACCCUUUUUGCUUCCUUCUGUUGAGCACCCUCUGAACCUUGGCUACAGUUCGUGGCUGUAAGAGAACGUGAACUUUUCCCUCUCCCUCUCCCUCUCCACAAGGCCUGCUGCAGUAUGAGUCUUGCUUGCCCCCACUUUAUUUAAACAGCUUUACUGCACAGUGCAGUGCCUUCAGUAAAUACUACCAAUGGGGGGGUUUCCUGCAGCACACCAGCCUGAGAAACCCCAGCCAGACGUGGAGUAAGGACUGCUGGGGGCAGUCACAGUAGAGAGGACAACUGCUUUUAGUCUUCAUCAGCCUUGGCCUACCAGGCAUUUAUGCCCCUUCGGGUGGUGGGCUCUUCAGGUAAACUGGUGAUGGAGCGCAGAGCUAUAGAAAAAAAAAAAUCAACUGAAAGGAACAGCUCUGUCUUUCCAUACACAACAGUUACUACAGCUACCUUGACUACAGGUCACAGUUCCUGCUGCCUACUCUUUUGGAUUGAGAACUUUCCAAGACCAUCUCCCAGUUCCUGCUGGAGCAUGCAGUGGCAC